AUGGCGCCCAAGUCGAUAUGGCGGCAGUCGAACGCGGUGCACUUCCAGGUCGUGCACCGGUCGCAGCGUGAUGUACGAAAAGAUGACCCGGAGGCGAGCGCACACGUUCUCAAGCCGUACGAGCCGCUGAACCGCAAAGGCAAGUCGCGCGCGGACCUCGAGCUAGACGACGCAGCGUCCGGCGCCGGCGACGGCCGCGCGCCGGUGCGCGCCAACGUCGGCGAAGCAGCGCUGUACGAGUACGACUAUAUGCAGCACCUGCGUGCGAUCCCCGACAACGAGAAUAGCCGCCGCGGCGGCGCCGACGAGGACGACGAUACCGAGGCCGUGUGGGUGCCGUCGGCCGUGCAGCCGAAAGAGCGCGCACCGCGCUUCGCGCUGAAGGACGAGCAGGCGCCUGCCGACGGGCAGCCUGGCCUCCUGCUCCCGGCCUCGGUGUUUGCGUCGCAGGAGACGCCGCUGGCCCUCGUGCACGAGGGCGAGACGCAGGGCCUGCAGCCGGAUAUGGACCCGCACCUGCGGCAGACGCUCGAGGCGCUCGACGACGACGCGUUCGUCGUGGACGACGCGGACGACGCCUUCUUCGCGGAUAUUGUGCAGGACGGCGCCUGGGACGGCCGGCGCACCGAGGAGGAUGCCUGGCGCGAUGCGGCGCCGGAAGGCGACGACAUCUGGCUCGACCCCUUGCAGCGCGCCCUCAAAGAGCGCGACGCUGCGGGCGGCGACGAGGCGGCGCUGAGUCUCGAGGCGCGGAUCGCGCUCUUCAAGGCGCAGGCCAAGGCCGCCGGCAGCGACGGCGCCGCGUCGGACGACGAGGACCACGAUACCCUGGGCGAGCUGCCCGCCCCGCCGCCGCCCCGCGCGCGGCCCGCCGGCUCCGUGUCGUCCACUGGCUCGGCCCUCGGCCGGAAAGGCGCGCCCGGCGCCCUCGCCCGGCGCGCCGCGUCGACGCGCGCUGGCAGCGUCGGCGGCGGCUCGACCGUGUGGUCCAUGACCUCGUCGUCGAUGGCACGCAACGAGCAGCUGACCGACCUGGACGCGCGCUUCGACCAGGUGAUCCGUGCCUACGGUGGGCACGCGACGGGCGAUCCUGCGCUGGAUGCGCUGCACGGCGCCUUUGAGCAUGCGCCCAGCGACGACGACGACGACGAGAUACUGGAUCACGAGACGGCCGAGCGCCUCACGCGCGGGGACCUCGAUGCGAUCCUCGACGACUUCCUCGAGCACCACGAAGUGAUCGCCGGUCAGCUGAAGCCGACACUUGGCGAUCGCUCGACGACGGCCGACGAGAAGCUUACGAUGCUGCGCGAGGCCCUUGGCGAGGCGCGCAUCACAGGCGACGACGACGACGAUCACGAGGCCCUGACGCCUGCGUCCGAGAACCCGUUCCUGAACCCUGCCGUGCUGCGCGCGAACCGUGAGCAGUGGGACGUGGAGACUAUCCAGACGACUAAGACGAACCUCGAGAACCACCCCCGCACGAUUGCCGCGGCAGAGAGCGUCGCGACGCGCGGCACCGGCGCCUCGACGGCGCUCGGCCGCCUGCCGCGCGCGCUUGCCGAGCCCGGCACCCGCGUCCCGAAGAUCCGCCUCCACCCCCGCACGGGCCUGCCGCAGGUCGUGGGGUACACAGGUGCGCCCAGGGCGAGCGGCACACCCGACGAUGCACCGAGCGACAACGCGCCAGCGCCGCCCGAGGCGCCGCGGCCUGCGCGCACGACGACCAAGCGCGAUCGGCACGAGAGCCACGACGAGCGGCGUGCGCGCAAGGAGGCGCAGAAAACGGAAAAGCAGCUGCGCCGCCAGGAAAAGGCCGCGGCCAAGCAGGCGUACGCGGACGAACACAAGCGGCAGGCCCACGCAUCGCGCCGCCAAGCCGAGGCGCGGGGCGGCGCAGCGGCCCUGCAUCUCGCGUAG